CGUCCCCACCCGCCGCUCAGGAGCACGAUGGUUUCUCCAGGAAGAACCGGAGCAUCCGCCGCCGCCGGUGCCGCUUCCUCCCUUCCGCGUCUGUCCCGUAGCGGGUCCCCACAGCGACCACUGGGUGUACAACAGCCAACAUGUCCAGCAAAAAGGCGAAGACGAAGACCACCAAGAAGCGCCCUCAGCGCGCCACUUCCAAUGUAUUUGCGAUGUUUGACCAGUCGCAGAUUCAGGAAUUCAAGGAGGCCUUCAACAUGAUCGACCAGAACAGGGAUGGCUUCAUUGACAAAGAGGACUUGCACGAUAUGCUCGCCUCCCUUGGAAAGAAUCCAACGGAUGAAUACCUAGAUGCCAUGAUGAAUGAGGCUCCAGGCCCCAUAAACUUCACGAUGUUCCUGACCAUGUUUGGUGAGAAGUUAAAUGGCACCGACCCGGAAGAUGUGAUCAGGAAUGCUUUUGCUUGCUUUGAUGAAGAAGCAACAGGGUUCAUCCAGGAAGACUACCUGCGGGAGCUGCUGACAACAAUGGGAGACAGGUUCACGGAUGAAGAGGUGGACGAGCUGUACAGAGAGGCACCCAUCGACAAAAAGGGGAAUUUCAACUACAUCGAGUUCACACGCAUCCUGAAACAUGGAGCAAAGGACAAGGAUGACUGAGCAACUGAGCAAAUCUAUGCAUACCUGCAGAUAGCUGCUUUAUUUUUCUCCAUUAAUUUUAUUUCUCAGGAUCUGUUUUUUUCUUUUUUUUUUUUCUUGUUGGGACCUUUUGCAUACAUUUUUAGCGUUCCAGCUUUUUCCUCUGUGGCUCAGGCACACCUGCACCUUUGUAAUAAGACUGGAAAUGGGCAGGGAGAGAGGAUGGCUUACAGUGAUAGAGGUUGAGGGACAAAGAUCAGGGAGUGUGGAGGCCCAGGUAAAAUGUCAGUGCUACUCAUCCUAGCUGGAUUAAAUUUACAUUUUUAAUGGUAACUUUUCAAAUAAACCACUGCUCUAUUAAGUACAUAGUUAAAAUUUUCAUGCUAGAAGUGGACUGUUUAUCUAAUGAUAUGUGUAAAUACUUUUGCAACUGUAUGCAGUCGUGUUGUUACCUAUUUUUGCCUUAAAAAUGAUGCAUAAGUCACUUAAGCAUUACUGAUGUUUGUACUUCAGCGACUGAGUACUUUGCCUGCUACUGUGAGCACACACAAUGAAGAAGAAAUUCCCAUCUUUCAAAUUUUAGUGUAUUGUAGAUUAAUCAUUCUGUCCAAGACUUGCACAUUAAACACUUUAAAUCUUA